ACUUUCCCAAAGAAACGCACCCUAAGUUUCGAGGGAGUUUAAUAUCAUCAGAAGGAAUUUGAGUGACAAGAAUGUUUGGGGUUAUAUUGGCAAGGGGUGUUGAAAAUUUUUGUUGCAGACAAGAAGUAUAUAUCCGCAUGGUAAAACGUAAACUCUGUUCGAUAUUCUAGUUUCGAUAAUUUUUGUUUCUACGUUUCUAAGCAUAAAGUAACAUAAAUAAAAACCGAAAAUAUGAAACAAGCUUUAUGACAAGGGGCCUAUUAUAAAUAUUGCCUGUACGGGGUGGGGAAGCUUACUAUCGCUGGGACUCUUUUGCGCCUUAGGAGAUUUGGGGGAUUAUUGUCGGGGUCUGGGGAUAUUUGUUGUCAAAACGUUUUUUCCUUAUUGAUGAUCUUCCCUCAAACGGUUGUAACUUUAUAUUUGCUGUCGAUUCUGAUCAAUUUAUUUACAGUUCAAUCUUUUCUUGCGCUGAUACUCCAUCUUCAUGCUUCUCAACGUUGCAGAGACACUCUGUUGGACAAAAUACGUUCACGCACUAAGCAGAAUUUAACGUACGUCCAAACAAAAGUCGACUCAAAGGAAGCAACCAGUAUUGUCUUAGAAGCACUGAACAGAUAGAGGUAACAAUGGCAACGAAUAACACAUCAUUGGCCAGACCAACAGAGUCCAUACUUCAUAUUAACAAAGAGGAAGGAUAUUUCUGGUGUUCUCUGUUUAUUCUUGAGGCGAUCAUCAUCGUUGUACUCAAUAUGUUUACGAUUAUCGUCUUUACCAAGGACCGCCAUUUGCGCAAGCGCAGUACAUAUCUCCUAAUCAACCUAUCAGCGGCUGAUAUCGGUGUGGGAGGACUUGUUAUACCAACUGCUGUUUUUCGUCGAGGGAACACUUAUGGACUUUGGAAUGUUGAGAUGACUCAUGCGUGGUUCAUUUCCACACAUGGAGUUGACACACUGUUUUUUGGGUGUUCUCUUGCGUUUUUGGUCUCCAUUUCAGUUGAGAGACUGUACGCUACAAGAAAACCAAUGAGGCAUCGGUCUAUGACAGGAAUGGCAUACAAAAUUUGGAUGUCUUGCGUAUGGGUUGCAUCUUUCCUUUAUACAACUGUCGUAGUUUUGUUCUUGUUUUACGACAUAAUCGGGUUGCAGAUUUGGUACAUCGUGGCUUCAUGCGUCUUCGUUUCGCUUUUGAUUUUAACCUUUAGUUACUGCGCGAUAUUUGUCACAGUGCGAUGCAGUGAACAACCCCAGCACUCGCAUCGCGGCCAGGUUAGAAAGGAACGAAAGCUUACUAUGACACUGUUCAUGGUCACGCUGGUCUCCUUGUCAGUCUGGAUUCCGUACGUGUUAUUCACUUUCCUGGAGUCUCAUCUGUCACGACAGUUCUCUCCAGAAGGGCUUUUACGCGCGCGGGGCGUUUGUGAGGCUCUAUUCUUUGCCAACUCCUUUGUGAAUCCGAUACUGUACACGAUCAGAAUUCCACAGUUUAGAAGAGCAAGUAUUAAUCUGAUAACUUGUCCUGCAAAGACUGGAAGCGCACAAAUGUCUUCAUUGUCGUUGGACAGUGUAGGAGUGGACAAAUAACAAGAGGUUCGAUUUCAGGUACUCAUAGGAAGGCGUUCAUGUUUUGGCGUACAAGGGUAGUGUGGUCCCGUGGGAUUUGAGGAGAGCCAUGCAAAACAAAAGGCCUGAAAUAGGUGUGGGUGUGGCCCGAAAAAAGUCUUGUUAAGUCGGAAAAGCACCUGAUACAAUUGAUUUUAAGUUAGGCCUUUCCACAAAUAUCCAGAUAUUUUGGGGUUAAUAUUUAGAGGUUUCCGAGAUAUUUAGAGAAUUAAGGGAUAUUAAGGAAAUAUUCAGAGCUUUCUUGGCUAAGACCCAUGGUGUCUUCUCUAUUUUCUUUAGACAAUACUCAGUUCUAUGUCACUGGG